AGAAAAAGGAAGAAGAAAAAGCUAAUUUUAAUUUAGCACUAUCCAAGCCAGAUGUCCUACUGCCACGUGUCUAAGAAAAAUUGUUAAAAAAGUUUUGUGCCAGAAGGCAAUCGCUCUCAGAAGGCCACCUUAUAUAAAGCCACUGCGUUGCUCCCUCCCGCGCUCACUCGCUCUCUCAUUUACAAUCACUAACACAAGCACUUGAAGCUCAAAAAGCAAAUUAACAAAUCAAAUGGAAGAAAUGGAUGAAACCGAAGCCGCAUCUCAGGUCUAUAUGGCCUGCAUUCUACAUGGCCAUCGUGUUGGAAUUUCUUAUUAUGAUUCCAGUAUUCGCCAACUUCAUGUGCUUGAAGUUUGGGAAGAUGGCAGCUUGGACUUUCCCCUGAUUGAUCUAGUAAAAUAUCAGGCUCAGCCCCUGACCAUUUAUGCAAGCAGUAAAAGCGAAGAAUCAUUCAUAAAUGCUUUACAACGAAGUGAUGGCACCACUGAGGCUCCUACAGUAAAGCUGGUAAAAAGUUCAAUUUUCAGCUAUGAGCAAGCGUGGCACAGAUUGAUAUAUCUUCGAGUAACAGGAAUGGAUGAUGGGCUAAACAUCAAGGAGAGGGUUUGUUAUCUGAGUUCUAUGAUGGACAUGGGAAGUGAAAUUCAAGUUCGAGCGAGUGGAGGGCUUCUUGCCAUAUUAGAGAAUGAAAGGAUUGUAGAUACCCUUGCACAAAAAGAAUGUGGGACUGCAGCAAUUACAAUUGAUUCUGUCGUGGAAAUUUCAUUAAACAAGUUUCUUAAACUUGACGCAGCAGCUCAUGAGGCAUUGCAGAUCUUUCAAAUAGAUAAGCAUCCAAGCCAUAUGGGCAUCGGCCGAUCAAAAGAAGGGUUCUCUGUAUUUGGAAUGAUGAAUAAGUGUGUGACACCAGUGGGUCAACGUCUUUUGAGAAAUUGGUUCCUGAGGCCUAUAGUGGACCUUGAAAGUUUGAAUGGCCGUCUCAAUUUAAUAUCAUUCUUUCUGUGUUCUGAAGAGCUGAUGGCUUCCCUUCGUGAAACAUUGAAGCAUGUCAAGGAUAUUCCUCGCCUACUCAAGAAAUUCAAUUCACCAAGCUCAAUAUGUACUACUGGGGAUUGGACAGCCUUCUUGAAGAGCAUUUGUUCACUUCUGCAUGUGGAUAAGAUAUUUGAAUUAGGAAUGUCUGAAGAUCUGCGAGAGCAGGCAAAAUGCUUGAAUGUCAAUAUUAUUGAAAAGGCUUCUUCAUGUAUUUCAACAGAGUUGGCCUAUGUCUAUGAACUGGUGAUUGGUGUUAUUGAUGUUAGUAGAAGUAAAGAGAAGGGUUAUGGUACAAUAGUGAAAGAGGGUUUCUGUGAUGAGUUGGACGAACUACGGCACAUCUAUGAGGAACUGCCAGAAUUUCUGCAAGAGGUGCCAUAUAGAUGCUUAAAAUCUGUACAAGAAAUUGAAACUGCAAGUAUUCUUUUAUCAUACUCAUUUCUGCAGGUUUCCUCAUUGGAGCUUGCACAACUUCCCCAUUUGAGAAAUGAGAAGCUUCCUCCUUGUAUUGUGUAUAUACAUCAAAUAGGAUAUUUGCUUUGUAUGUUUGAAGAAAAACUUGAUGAAACCUUGUUAGAUAAGCUUCAAGAUUUUGAAUUUGUUUUUUCCGAUGCUGAUGGAGAGACCAAAAGAUUCUUUUAUCGUACCCCAAAGACACGAGAAUUGGACGAUCUUCUUGGUGACAUUUAUCAUAAAGUUCUGGAUAUGGAGAGAGCAAUUACUAGAGACUUGGUGUCACAUAUUCUUCUAUUUUCAACAUUUCUGCUUAAAGCUGUCAAUUUUGUGGCUGAACUUGAUUGCCUUUUGUCACUGGCCCUAGUUGCUCGUCAGAACAAUUAUUCGAGGCCCAUUUUGACUGAAGAAACAUUGCUUGAUAUUCAAAAUGGAAGGCAUGUGUUGCAAGAAUUGACUGUUGACACGUUUAUUCCUAAUGAUACAAAGAUUCAUGAUGGAAGGGUCAAUAUCAUCACCGGUCCUAAUUAUUCAGGGAAGAGUAUAUACAUAAAGCAGGUGGCUUUGAUUGUUUUCCUUUCCCACAUUGGAAGUUUUGUACCAGCAGAUGCUGCUACUGUCGGAUUGACAGAUAGGAUAUUCUGCGCAAUGGGAAGCAAACUUAUGAGUGCUGAACAAUCCACAUUCAUGAUAGAUCUGCAUCAAGUAGGGAUUAUCUUAAGGCAGUCAACUUCGCGAUCUUUGUGUCUAUUAGAUGAAUUUGGUAAAGGUACACUUACAGAAGACGGCGUUGGAUUGCUUGGUGGAACCAUAAAUCACUUUGUUGCAUGUGAUGACCCUCCAAAGGUUCUGGUGUGCACUCACUUGACUGAGUUAUUUAGUGAGAGUUGCUUGCCAAAGUCUGAGAAGGUAAAGUUUUACACCAUGAGUGUGCUAAGGCCUGAGAACAACUCUACAGAUGUUGGGGAUAUUGUAUUUCUAUAUAGGCUAGUUCCUGGACACACUCUUCCUAGUUAUGGACUACAUUGUGCGCUACUUGCUGGUGUUCCUGAGGAAGUCAUUAGGAGAGCAGCAAUCGUACUAGACACUAUUGGAAAUAACAGCCGCAUUGAUCGACUGUGCAACGAGAACAUAUCAACUCAAGAUCAGCAAUGCAAGGAUGCACUGGACAAGAUGUUGUCGUUUGAUAUUUUUAAGGGCGAUCUCAACCUUCUCUUCAAAGAUAUAUUUCCUUCUUGAUCUGCUGAUUACCAAAGACCAACCAAACUACCAGCUAGAAGACCCAGAAGUGAUGAAUUGGAAGCAAUAGACCUUGGGAGCUAAUUAGACAAAAUCUGGUUUUGAAUUGGAGACAGAUGGUUGUGUAUCGUUCUUUAACGUUGAUUACACAAACCAUAUUACCUUUUACAUUGUGCAUCUUUGUGUAUCUUUUAUACUUUUAGGAGCUAAUUAGAGAAAAUUUGGUUUUGAAUUGGGGAUAGUUGGUUUCUGAAUUUGGUUUUUUUUCUUUGUGCAUCUUUUAUACUUUUGUGUAUCUUAGCUUACUUUGAAACUCCAAGAAUAAAACACACAUUUUUAUUAGUAAUUAA